AUGAGUAAACGUCUCCCCCGGUUAGCGGUCGACUUCCUCGCUUCUCCGCGACUCCAACCGCUCUUUUGACCUAAGGGGCUCUUCAGUGGAUUGUACGUGGGAGAGCAGGAGGAGGUGAAGCGGUUCCCCACGGAGGUGUUUUGAGUUAUGGAUGUUGACACAUUCCUUCUGGACACGAGAGGAACUGGAUCCAGCCUGAGCAGCGCAAGCAGACGCCACCGCCACGGACGCUUCACUGGGCUUCACCUCCUGGUAUCACCCUUUCUCCCGGCCAGCUCUUCAGCAUGUACCUUUCUGUGAGGCUCUUCCCAGUCUUCCGAGCUCCAGGACAAUGUGCAAAUGGAAAGUGACUAAGGGUGCCUCAGCCUGGUUCCGCCUGUCCUGGCUUUCCCUGCCGCUGCUGCUCCUGCUCCUGUGUUCGGCUCUGCCUGUGGCCUGCCAUGACACCCACAGGGCCGUCCGUGCCCCGAGGGGCGCCAACUCCUCGUCGUCUGCCGUGGUGGGGCGGCAUGUGCGCAGCUACAACCACCUCACGGGGGAUGUGCGCAAGAGGAAACUCUUCUCCUACCAGAAGUUCUUUCUCAGGAUCGAUAAGAACGGAAAAGUCAACGGCACCAAAAGCAAGGACGAUCCGUACAGUACACUCGAAAUCAAGUCUGUGGAUGUGGGCAUCGUUGCCAUCAAGGGGAUUCAAAGCAAUUACUACCUUGCAAUUAACAAGAAAGGGGUGGUCUACGGGGCGAAAGAUUUUGGUGUUGACUGCAAGCUGAUAGAGCGGAUAGAGGAGAACAGGUACAACACCUACGCCUCGGCAGAGUGGAGGAACAGGAAGAAGCCCAUGUUCGUCGGCCUGAUGGCCAACGGGAAGCCGAUGAGAGCCAAAAAGACCCGGAGAAAAAACACAGCCACACACUUUCUCCCCAUUCCUAUCGUGUAGCUACAACCCCACCAAAAGGGAACAUUUAACUGCACUGAGGAAAGACUUGGAAUUUUUUUUUUUUUUUUUUUUUUUUUCGACAGUUUGGAGAAGGCACUAUGUAAAGGAACUAAGAGAACUCCUUUUCACUGAGUCCGAUUGUUGUCACAUAUUUGUUUUUAAGUUAUUGGCACCAGGGAAAAUAUGGGACAUUUUUUUAUGCCAAACCCUUUUCUAGCGAAAGGAAAGGUUGGACCAAACCCGACGGAACCCGAGGAUUCGGACAUUGCAACCUCCCAGAAUGAACUGAGGAGACCUUUCACAGAGUGUAUUGCUUGUGUGUAUUUGUGUGUGUGACCUUUGGAUGCAGUUAUUUAUGCUGUACUAACUCAUACGAAACACUCUAACAGACUCUCAAACUCUGUGACUCAGUGGACUGAAAGUUAUGCAAACACUUACUGGAAGCACUUGCUCAAGGUGCAAGACUGAGAGACCGAGACGGAGACCCCGCAUCCUACCAUCCGAAUUUAGUCAAGCUAGCACCAUAGCGUAAAGAACUCUAACAUUAUUAACAUGCAAAAGCCACUGUAUUUGAUAUCUCCAUUCUUUACCUGACUGCUUUGGAAUAAAUUAUUUAUUUUAUGUAAUAUUUAAAGAAAAACAAAGGCAAAAAAACAUGGAAUGGACAUUUUUUUAUCAUUUAUGCUCCUCUUUUAAAAAGCUAUU